AUGAAUAGAAAACAAUGUCUUCUUUUCAUUCUUCUAUUAACCACAAGGAUCGGAGAAACAUCCAAAAAGUUUCCAUUAAGAGCAUUCGUUGCCUCGACAGAUAUCGAUAAUGACACUGCUCAUGCCAUCAUUGAGAUGUUGAUUUCGAUGUCCUUUUGGGGACAAGAGACCUUCCGCAAUGGAAAUGGCCACUUUGAUGUGGAAUUUGAAUCGAAUCAUGUACUUUCAGUCUGCGAUGAAAUGAAACUGGGUUACAUGCUCAUGCUGGCUGGUACAAACUUCAAGAAUUAUGGGAUCUAUGAAGACAUUGCCAAUCAUAUGAAAAUGCCUCUGAUUGAUUGGGAGCCUUCGAAAAGCGACUACAUAGCUAACAGAUCAAAUAUCCCAAUGAUAUUUUCAGUAGCUCCAUCUGCUGAGCAAUUACUUGUAGACUAUAUUCAAUAUAAGUGUUGGAGAGACAUAGUUUACAUUCAUGACGGAAAAAAUGCUGAUAGAACACUGCGAACAAUGUUCUCCUAUUUACACAGAAAGUCUCCGAAAUACCAACUGUUUGUGGAUAAUUAUGUGGCUCCACCUGACGAAGAAAUGUUCAAAGAGUUCCUGAACGAAUUCCAUCGUAGAAUAUCCACUCAACAUACGUUGAGAAGUAAUGAUAGUUCAGAAGAGAUCGAUGAGCCAACACCCGUGAAUGUGAUUGUAGAUCUGGAAGGAAGCUACCGUACUCGUGCUUUUUUGAGAGCACUGGAGGAAAGUGUUCUGGUGAAGAAAGAAUAUCAUUAUGUUUUUUCGAAUUUUGAAGUCGACGAAUCCGAUCUAACUGGAUUCCACUUUUCUCUUAUCAACAUCACUAUUUUCCGAAUAUUUGAUAAGAACGACAAGAAAUUCCUUAGAACAAGAGCAGAAUUUCACGAUGUUUAUCGAGGUGGAUUUUCAAAUACUGACAGUAUCCCAACCGCCGCUGCAUUCGCUCAUGAUGCAAUUCUAGUUGCUGGAAAAGCAUUGCAAAUUGCUAUGGAUGAACAUGGAAAAGGGAUUUUUGAUAAAUCUUUUGUCCGCCAUCAACUCUUCAAUCGUGGAAAGAAAGGAUUAUACUGUAGGCCCCACGAAGACCAAACUGAAACAAGACAGUUUGAGUCUUUUGAACACGGACUCAAAAUUGCAGAAGCCAUUAAAAAAGUUGUACUCACGGAGCAAGAUGGAACAUUGACUGGAAGGAUACAAUUUGAUAAAGUUACUGGAAGAAGGACCAAUUUCUCUGCGGAAAUAGUGGAGAUUAAACCGGGAGUCAACUCAUUGAAUAGUAUUUGGGAGAGAUUCCAAUGGGCACAAGAUGAAGGAUUUCUGCUCGGCGGAGAGAAAUAUGUACAGGAAAGAAAAAAAGAUUCAAGCCAAACGAGAAAAGGAAUACUUCCAUCGAAACCAUGGAAACUUCGAUUCAAUGUUGUAACUGUUCUAGUGAAACCGUUUGUAAUGUUGAAAAGAAGAAAUCCUGGAGAACCGGAACUAAAAGGAAAUGAUAGAUUCGAGGGGUACUGUAUUGACUUGCUGAACUUGUUGGCGAAAAACAUCACCGGAUUCGAAUAUGACGUCUUCAUUUCUGAUGGUAACAAAUAUGGUUCAAGACAAGCAGAUGGAAGUUGGGAUGGGAUGAUUGGGUACUUGUUAAAUGAGACAGCUGACGUGGCAGUGGCUCCAUUGACAAUAACUCAAGAAAGAGAACGAGCCGUAGACUUCUCAAAGCCAUUCAUGACAACUGGAAUAUCAAUAAUGAUCAAGAAGCCAGAGAAGCAAGAGUUCAAUAUAUUCUCUUUCAUGGAACCACUUGGAAUGACAAUUUGGAUUUUUACAUUGAGUUCUUAUUUUGGAGUCUCUUUGACUAUUUUCCUAGUCUCUUGGUUUUCUCCAUACGAAAAAAGAAUUGAAUUCAAACGAGGGGAAUUCACAGUAACAAACGAAUUCACUCUUUACAACUCACUCUGGUUCACUUUGGCAGCUUUCAUGCAACAAGGAACUGACAUUCUUCCGAGGGCCGUUUCGGGAAGGAUUGCAUCUUCUUGUUGGUGGUUCUUCACCCUUAUCAUUGUUUCAUCCUAUACUGCUAAUCUCGCAGCUUUUUUAACUUUGGAACGUAUGACGCCUCCAAUUGAGAGUGUUGAAGAUUUGGCAAAUCAGAAUAAAAUAUUGUAUGGGGUAGUUGAAGGAGGAUCAACAGCUGCUUUCUUUGAGGAUUCAAUUGUUCCAUUGUACAAAAAGAUGUGGAAUUUCAUGGUUAGUACAACACAGAAACAGAUGGAAUUGGAGAAGCAAUCCAUAUCCAAUAGCACAUCGAAUCGAAUAUUCGUCAGCUCAUAUGCUGAUGGAAUAGAAAAAGUGAGAACCAGCAAAGGGAAAUAUGCAUUUUUACUUGAGGAGACAACGAAUAACUAUGAAUCUGGGCGAAGGCCCUGUGACACGAUGAAAGUUGGGCAGAAUUUGAACACAUUGGGUUAUGGAAUUGCUUCAAAAAUUGGGAAUCCAUUGAGAGUGUCUCUGAAUCUUGCUAUUCUGUAUUUAUCUGAAAAAGGAGAACUGAAAAAGUUGGAGAACAAGUGGUGGUACGAUCGUGGACAAUGCGACACUGGAACAUCGGAUGGUGGCACGAGUAGCAGUUUGAACUUAUCAAAAGUGGCCGGAAUUUUCUAUAUUCUUCUGGCCGGAAUGGUUCUUUCGAUGUGCACGGCUCUUGUCGAAUUUCUUUUCCGGAAGAACAAGGAGAAUCGAGAGAAGGAGAGAAAUCGAAUGAGAAAUUCUCGACCACAAAAGCCGGGAAUCAUUGCAUCGUGUGAGAGGGCAAAACAGAAGCAACAUCAGAAUAGGAGAACGAAAAGUGAAGAAGUAUCAACACCAAGAAGUACAUUGUUUUAA